CGGCGUGUUUCAUGUUUUCAUCGGUUGCCAAGGAGAACUCCCCAGCUAUCCGCCAGCAGGUGAUCAAGUCUGGAGCUCCUCUGCUCGUCGUGAUGGUCCUGCGCCACUUCAGUGAAGCCCCUGGGGAAGUUCAGCCUGUCUUGAGGAGGGCAGUCAACGCCAUCCGCCUGGUGGGUCUCGAUGACCAGGCGACCGCUGGUGCUGUUCGCCUGGCUCGAGCGCCUGAGGCUCUGAAGAAGAUUAUUUCGAGGUUUCCCGAAAAUGCUUCUUUGUCGAAAUCAGCUUCGACAGCUUUGAACAGCAUCGAGCAAUCAGCAUCUUCAGGCUUGUGAAAGUUGCAAUUGUGUAGGAAGCAGGCGGAGCUGGAGAAGACUGAUGUUGUUCUUGUAUAGUUUUUCCAUUACAUUCGAUCACUGUCGAG